AUGGGUUCCAACAGCUUCGAACUCCGAGAUAUACCUGAACCAGACAAAAUCGAUACACCAUGGUCUCAUGCUUUGCCGCCAGCUCCUCGCCACGCUAUCACGUCGCACUUCCCAGGAUGGAAGGCCUUGGUGAGGCUUGCAGAACGAGACCCUGCUCAUCUAUCCAAGAUCGUUAGCAUCUACCCACGCAUUCUACCUCGUAAGGAUUGCGCUCAGGUAAGCCUUGACUUUACGUCUCCAAGCAGUAUUGGACUGGCGGCUAACUAUGGACUUGAAACUCUGGACUCUCAAUCGGUAUCAAUCAGAGCCUUUGAGAGUAAUUCGACAGAAGGGAGCAAGUUGUAUCUCUAUGCUGUGAUGUUUCCGUUGGACAAGCUGUUCCACGUCAUGACGUGGUGGUCAGAUACCGGUGUUGCGGUCUCCAGCCGCUUUGCAGAACAUGUCCCAGCCAAUUUGUCUGGUCUACGAGAGGUGCCAAUUGACGCUACGUCCGUUCUAAACCACGACGAAACGCCUCACAAGGUGCUCUGUGAGCGCAUCACAUAUCUUCUUGAGCGCGCGUCUAUUACUGUUAGAGAGAAAAAGGUACAGCCUUCAGAUGUUUACCUCUUCCAAUCGGGCAUGGCGGCUAUUUACAACAUCCAUCAAUAUCUUCAGCGCCUGGCCGGUAGCAGUGAGCGCAAGAGCGUUAUGCUGGGUGUUUGCUUCUAUGAAACCCGUCAUGUUCUAAAGAAGUAUGGCCCUGGCUUUCAGUUCUUCCCUAUCGGUAGCAAGAUGGAUGAGAUUGAGCAAUUUAUCAGGGAUGAAAAGGCCAGAGGAUGUCCCAUUUUGUCGAUUUGGACCGAGUGCCCGAGCAAUCCACUUCUGUUUACAUCAGACCUUCCUCGUCUUCGACAGCUAGCCGAUGACCUCCACUUCGCUCUCAUCGUUGACGACACCGAUGGUGGAUUCUGCAACGUUGAUGUACUUCCCGUCGCUGACGUUGUAGUCACAAGUUUGAGCAAGCUUUUCAGCGGCCACGCAGACGUCUUGGCUGGCAGCUUUGUUCUCAACUCCUCGAGUCGAAUCUACAACGACCUGAAGCACAUCGUUGACCAGGACUACGUCAAUGAUCUUUACAUUGGCGACGCAAGGACGCUGCGACACAACAGUGAGGACUACCUUCACCGAGCUACUGUUGUCAACAAGAACGUAAAGGUGCUCACGGACUGGCUCUACAAGCGCACCAAGGUCGAACAGGGCAGCGUAAAGCGCGUUUAUUAUCCCACCGUCCCUCAUUCUCAAGCACAUGGUAACUAUGACGUUUUCAUGCGAACGCCCACAACCGACUUUACGCCAGGAUAUGGUUGUCUCUUCGGUCUUGAGUUCAAUUCACAAGAGAGCGCCAUUAAGUUUUACGACAAUCUUCACACAUACUAUGGGCCUCAUUUUGCUGCUCAUAGGACCAUCGCUCUAGGAUUCACGUAUCUUAUUUACAAGGAUGAUAAGGAGUUGAACAUGAGUGACUUGGGACUUUCAACGGCUCAAAUCAGAAUCUCGGUCGGGUUAGAGGAUUCGGAUACUUUGCUUAAUAUCUUCAAGUAUGCUGUUAUGAAGGCAGAUCAGGUUGAGGAUGGUAGGUGGAGUUACAAAUGUAUGUUAGAUGGGGCCGUAGCUUUAAGAAUUCGAAGACGUAUCCUUGCAUUGCAUUUGACACUGCAUGCGUGCCGUGAACAUCUACGUUGGUUCCUUGAAACGCUAUAG